AUGGCUUCUGCUGUUCCCGCCCAAACCAUCGACGCCGAUGAACUUCUGUUAUGCUCGAUUCUCCACCGAACCGACUUCGCUUUGCAGAUAAACGCCAAUCCUAACGUAUGGGCGGAGGAAAUCACCUCCAUGCUUCACUCCUCCGCCGUCACUCUCCCCUCCGUCGAGCUUGCUCACCGUCUAGUUUCUCAUUUCUUUUGGAACUGUCACGGUCCUACCGCUUGGAAGAUUCUUGAUGUUUCUGCCUCCCGCAAUAUCAUCCCUCCCUUGCUCCUCCUUGCUCUUCUCUCCACCAGGAUUGUUUAUUGUAGGAGACUUCAACCGAUAGCUUAUAAACUUUACUUGGAACUCGUUAAGCUACAUGCGUUUAUGCUGGAAACUCAUUUCAAUUCUCCUAACAACCAAAUGAUUAUGGAAUCAAUUGAUGAUGUUAUUAAGCUUUCUCAAAUAUACGGUCAAAAGGAUUGUGAACCAGGAGUUGUUCUUGUGGAAUUUGUCUUCUCAAUUUUAUCGCAGUUGCUUGAAGCAUCUUUAGAUGAUGAAAGGUUAUUAUAUAAUAUUCCAGAGAUUAAGCCAAGAUGGCUAAGCAAUUCACAUGAUAUGGAUAUUGAUGUGCCUGACUGCAACAAUAGAAUGCAUCGUAGGCAGAAGGAGUGGUUGCUGAGGGAAAAUACAAAGUUGGCUAUUGAGAUCAUUGUAGAAUUUUUGCAGAAUAAAAUGACAUCAAGGCUUCUUUCCUUAGUUCAUCGAAACAUGCCAUUACACUGGGGAUCUUUCAAUUACCAAAUGCAGUUGCUUGCAUCAAACUCUUCACUUUUGAGGAAUUUGAAACAUAAUGCAAACACCCUUUUAUCUUUAAUGGAAAAUAUUCGUGUGGGUGUAUCUCAUGAACGCAAUACAAAAUCUAAGCUGGAGUCUAAUGUAGUAGUCACACCUACUGGUUCUCAAAUAUCUUUUGCUGGUCAAUCUUAUGGUAGUAGUUGGUCUUCACUCUGGCUUCCUAUUGAUCUUAUACUUGAAGAUGCUUUGGAUGGAGGGCAAGUAGCAGCUUUUAGUGCUAUUGAAAUUAUUACUGGUUUGGUAAAGCUUUUACAUUCAGUAAGUGGCUCUAAGUGGCAAAAUACAUUUUUGGGUUUAUGGACUGUAGCACUACGGUUGGUUCAAAGGGAAAGGGAUUUAAAAGCAGGCCCUAUACCUCGUCUUGAUACCUGCAUGUGUUUGCUGUUGAGCAUUACAACCCAUGUGGUUGCAAAUAUUGUUGAAGAAGAAGAAAGUGAGUUGAUUGAAGAAGCUGAACGCGGCCCUUCAAAUCAAGGAAAAAGUAAAUAG